AUGCAAUCCCUCUCCCGCACCCUCACCCGCCAAUCCCAUCGCUUCACCCAAGCCAGCCGUCCCUUCUCCUCCACCUUCAUCGCCCACAAAUCCGCUACCCAAACCGUCAAAGAAACAGUCCAUCAAGUGGAUAAAGCCGUUGCGAGCAAGAUCGUAGAUGGUAUCGAAGUUGGUCAAACCGCAGCCCAAAAAGCCAAAGCAGCAGCCGGUCUCUCCGCCUCCGAAGCCAAAACCGCCGCGUCCAACGCCGCCUCCGAAGCUCAAGGUGCCACCUCCUCUGCACGCGGUUCCGCAUCUGGCACCGCGUCGGAGAUUUCUGGGAAAGCUUCGGAGUUAGCGGGACAGGCGAAGGGGAAGGCGGCGGAGUUGAAGGGGGAGGCGAAGGGAAAGGCGAGUGAGGUGAAGGGGAAGAUGUAG